CGUGCAUAAGGAGAUGUGUGAAGUCGGGUGUAAGUGCUGCCAGAGGCAGGCACAUAAGGACUGUCACUAGCUUGCUUUCAGUCUCUCUCAUCUGCUAGAAGAAGAAAAAGAACAGCAAUUGGAGAAGGAGUAAUUAUUGUCAAAACACAAAAACAUGACUGAGCCCAGCAGUAGGAAAGAGGGAUUUAAAAAAUGCAGGAGUGCCACUUUCAGUAUUGAUGGCUUUAGCUUUACAAUAGUUGCAAAUGAAGCUGGUGACAAAAAUGCCCGCCCUCUAGCAAGAUUUUCAAGAUCCAAGUCUCAAAACAGCUUGUGGAACACCAUAUUCAGUGGGCUUAAUCUAAAAGAGAAGCAGAAGCCAGCAAUUGCCACAGACCCUCGAAGUCCAGAAGAGAUUUUAGCUGAUGAACUGCCACAAGUUGACAGUCCAGAUGCCAUUCCGAAAGCAUCGAUCAGGUUACGAUGUUUGGUCAAGCAGCUGGAACGAGGAGAAGCUUCUGUUGUGGACCUGAAAAAGAAUCUGGAGUAUGCAGCCACUGUACUUGAAUCAGUUUAUAUCGAUGAGACUCGACGAUUGCUGGACACUGAAGAUGAACUCAGUGACAUUCAGUCCGACUCAGUACCCUCAGAAGUGCGAGACUGGCUGGCCUCCACCUUCACGCGGCAGAUGGGAAUGAUGCUUAAACGAACAGAAGAAAAGCCACGGUUUAGAAGUAUUGUCCAUGCAGUACAAGCUGGCAUAUUUGUGGAAAGAAUGUACAGAAGAACGUCAAACAUGGUUGGACUUAGCUAUCCAUCUGCUGUUAUUGCUGUUCUAAAGAAUGUUGAUAAAUGGUCCUUUGAUGUAUUUGCACUAAAUGACGCUAGUGGUGACCAUGCACUUAAAUUCAUCUUUUAUGAAUUGCUCACCCGCUAUGAUUUGAUCAAUCGCUUUAAGAUCCCUAUCUCUGCACUGGUAUCAUUUGUGGAGGCUCUAGAAGUUGGAUAUACAAAACAUAAAAAUCCAUAUCACAACCUUAUUCAUGCAGCAGAUGUUACCCAGACGGUUCAUUAUUUUCUCUUCAAGUCAGGGCUAGUCCAUUGGAUUACAGAACUGGAGAUAUUUGCAAUGAUUUUCGCAGCAGCCGUUCAUGACUAUGAACAUACCGGCACUACAAACAACUUUCACAUUCAAACAAGGUCGGAUUCAGCCAUUCUGUAUAAUGAUAGAUCUGUACUUGAAAAUCACCAUGUGAGCGCAGCAUAUCGCCUCCUCCAGGAGGACGAUGAAAUGAAUAUACUUUAUAACCUCACCAAAGAUGACUGGAGGGAAUUCCGGGCUUUAGUGAUAGAGAUGGUGUUGGCCACUGAUAUGUCUUGUCACUUCCACCAAAUCAAACAAAUGAAGAAUGCUCUGCAGCAGCCAGAAGGGAUUGACAAGCCGAAAGCCUUAUCCUUGUUGUUGCAUACAGCAGACAUAAGCCAUCCAGCAAAAAAUUGGGAUCUCCAUCAUAGGUGGACCAUGUCUCUUCUGGAAGAGUUCUUCAGACAGGGUGACAAAGAAGCAGAGCUUGGACUUCCCUUUUCUCCCCUUUGUGACCGCAAUUCAACUAUGGUUGCCCAAUCUCAAAUAGGUUUUAUUGAUUUCAUUGUGGAGCCCACGUUUACCGUGUUAACAGAUAUGACAGAGAAAAUUAUAGUUCCACUCAUUGAGGAAGCGUCGCGAUCUGGGCUUACAGGAUUUCGACGCUCAAGUUUGAACAGCAUCACCACCUCAGAAGUUAAAAGAUCAAGUGUGAAGAGCACUGGAUCAGAAGGAAGUGCCUCAUUGAACUGUUCUAUCCUCACUGUGGAUUUUAAAAGUUUUAAAUGUACCUGGUAUGAAGUUGUACAACAAAACAGAGAAAAAUGGAAGACUCAAGCAGUGAAAGAUGCAGAUGAGAAAGCCAAAAGAGACGCAGAAGAAAAAGCUAAAAGAGAAGCAGAAGAAAAUUACCAGGAAAAGGAGGAUAAAAAGACUGACGAAAACGAAGAUAAAAAUGAAAAUUCUUUGUUAAGCAGACAUGAACCAAACAAAGAACAGCAUUCUGGAGACAGCAAACUUACAGAGUCUAGUCAGGGAAAUAUCAAUGGGACUCGUUUACCAAAUGUAAAGAACCAAGAAGAUUCCUCAGGAGAUAAUCAAACGAAUCAAGAAACUUUGGGGGAUACAGACAGCAAACAAGUAGUACAAAAUGAUAAAGAAGAGUAACAGAAUGCCAAUAUUUUGCAUCAUUUUAGCUGAGCUUCUUCAUUCUGCUCCUCCUUCCAAAAAACAAAAAGACAAGUCUGUUUGGGGAAAAAGGCAUUACACAACUGUCUAAGCACUGCUUCCACUGGUUCCUUUACUGUUUCUGACUAGUUUGUGUGUGUUUUUAAAGUGUCCAUUUUUUUUUCUUAACAAAAGAAUUGACUUGGCUUUUUACGCAACAGGAAAGUUAUAUAGGAGACCUGUAAAGCAAAGCUUCUUUGCUUCCAGUAGUCAAGAUUUGAGGCCUCUGAUAACAUGUUAACAACCACCAUGCAGAUAUAACCUAGAAACCUGCCCUCAGUUGCUAAGAAUGUUCAUUUUCAGUGUCUAAAAACACAAGUGUACAGUAAAGGAUUAAAGAGGACUGCACAGAUGAGAGGCUUUCCGCCACCACUUAGCAAAUUGUUUAAUUGUACCCUGUCUUGACUGUCGUCUUUAAUGUUAAGUGUUGCAAAAACCUAUUAGAGCUGUUUUUUCACUAAUUACUAUAUUUUUUCAUAUUUGUGUUUAGUAAAAAAAAUGAAUACUUUACAAAAUGUCUCAUUUAAUGUGGGAAAGGGUGAAGUGAGUAGUUCUUACACAGCCAGAAUGUUUUCAUUUCAGAGUCUUCCAUAAAUAUUGUUUUUUUAAUGAGGCACAACAUGCUAUGGUUCAGCAGACUGCUACUUCUUAUCUGUUAUAUUUGCCACUAGAAGACAUCAGUACUUUUCUGUUACUUGGAACCAACUGGUGAGGUUACCAAAUGGGGUGCUGAAGCUGGUAAAAUGAGCAAAUUGCCUUUAGGUGAGAGGGACUCCCUAAGCAGCAUACCCAAUACAUUGGGGCAACAAAGAACAGUACUGAUUAUUAGGCAUCAGUUUUAUUUAUCUUCUUAUUUAUUGCUUAUGUUUUGCCCACUGCUUCAAAAAGUUGUGACAUCUAACUCCUGCUUUUACAAGGGUAGCUUUAAAUUCUAAGCCUGACUAUCGCAUAAGAAAAAUGAAAAAAAAAAAGUAGAACAAUUAAGAUUAGUUGCUGGUAGUCUUAGAAGUAACAAUUAAGAUGUUUCCUGCAAAAACAUUUUUUUUCCUUAUAGACAUUUAGAGCUGAAUCGUCAGAUAUACAGUACAAGUAGAAACAAUAUCUGUAUAUGACAAUUCAGCAAUAAACACUUGCCGAUGUUGGGGCAGCUUCAAAGGCACCCGCUCAAACCCAGAUUGACGAGCUGACCAAUAUCCAAGUCUUUUGCCGAUGUCGGUCAGCUUUCGUUUGUAUGAUAAUAUCUGUGCGUCUAUGUUUUCAUUUCGGAGUCUUCCAUAAAUAUUUUUUUUAUGAAGCACAACGUGCUGUGGUUAAGCAGAUAAAGUUUGUGUGAUAUUCGGUGUACGUAUAGUGGAAGACGGAUCGACCAAUAUAGGCAAAAGUCUUUGAUAUCGGUUGGAUUGUUAAUUGGUCAAGUUGAUUGGGCCCCUUUGAAGGCACCUGAACAUUAGCCAGUGUUUACUGCUGAAUCAUCAGAUACAGGUAAAAUUCUAAUGUUUCUUCCUGUACAGUAUAUCUGACAAUUCAGCUCUAAAUAUCUGUAAUGAAAAUGCAAAUAUCCUCCUACCUAUAGUCUCAGAAAAGAUCAUAAUUGUUACGUCUAUGGCCACCUUUAGAAUCUUACUCCCUACACGUAAAUAAGAGUUAAUUUUCAAUGUAAAAUAUACCUUCAGGAAGAGCUGCUCUUAUGCUGCAUAAUCCAUUCUGCGGUGAAAUAAUUGUCAUUGUCUAUGUUAUUCCUAAACUAUUUGUAGAAAGUCAUGUAUAGAUUCUUCUAUAGUAUAAGGCUGGCGCUGUUCCCGAAUUCAGAAAACAAGAAGUGCUCCUCCUUAAGCAAGUUUUGAAAGUGUUUGCAUUAACUCAAUUCAUAUAAGUUGCAUGUUUGGUAUACGACUCUGCUUUAAUUCAUUCAGGCUUCUAAAUAACAAUACAAUUAUUAGCUUGAAGUAGGUGUCAACUGUUAUAAAAAUGUAGCUGUAAACAUCCAGCCAGCACGUUCUUGAUUAAAAUUAGAAUUGCACACCAUUACCUAGCCAACUAAUGAAGGAGCAUAUCAGAAACAGUAUACCUGCAUUCUCUGACAUGCACAGGCUUUUUGCUCGCUUCUAAUGAAGAGACCCCACACUAGCUCAUAUUUAACCCUUCUAUAAUGAAAUUCAGAUGUGUUUUUGCUGCUGAUUAACAGAGUUCUAUAUAUUUACAACUUUAAAAAAGAACUUUCAGAACUUUAAAGCACAGCUCGCAUGAAGUGUAUAUAGAUAUUUAGAUGAAAAAGGUAUGCUGAAUUUUGUUUGCCAGAGUGUGGCAUUAUACUUAUAUAUAAAUAAAAUACCAUGUGUUGGACUAGAAGCAGCAGCAUUACUCAAUGCCUGCGAGUAGGUGAGGCAAAUUAACAGCUGGAGAAGCCUGUGAAUCUUAUUCCAGUAAGUUUUGGCUACUAAAAGAAACUCGUCUAAAAUUAGGAAUUAUUUUUCAUGAAGAGUUUGUAAUAGAAGAGUUUUUGUUGUUUGUUUGCUCUGUUUUUCACUGUACACUCCAUUGAUUAUAUAGUUCUGGAACAUGUUUUACCUGUGAACCUGUCCUUAUGUAUGUAUAGUAUGUAUGUAUGUAUGUAUAUAUGCAUAAAAUUUCUGCACUGAUGUAAGCUGUGUAUAUGGAUAGGCAGCCUUUGGUGUUUAAGCUUUCAUGAAACUACCACUCACAUAGCAUAUGCUGGGUACCACAUUUGUAGUGGUGUAGUUUAGGAAAGAAGAAGCGUAGAAGCUUGCUUAUCCAUACUCUAUAAGAUCUAAUGAGGAAUAUAUAAGGUUGAGAAAAUAGUGGGCUAUUAUAGUCCGUGUUUUAACUUUAAGUCUGGGUCUAGUAACCCAUAGCAACCAAUUAUACUUUCAAACAUGGGUCCAGUUAAUGCUGCCAGCUGAUAUGGGUUAUUAAGCCUUCAAUAUGGCGUUAACUAAAAUGUUUUCCAAAACCAUUAAUACAGUGAUAAAUACUUUUGUGCCUGUUGCAGUUAAAUAAGUAACAGCUAAAGGCUACAAAAUGUCCUUGUCGUGUAUGUACUGACUCCAGUAUCCAUGUUGCACAGAAGAACCUAUAUUACGGGGAAGGAACUCUGCUCUUCGUCUGAAUGAAUCUAUGAAGCCUAUUUAUAAAUAUGUAUUUUAUUUGCUUUUAUAAAUGAACAUUGGAGAGUAAACAAC